CAGCGGCGGCGGCGGCGGGGGGAGGAGGAGAGGAGGCGGCGGAACAGGAGGAGGGGAAGGCGGAGCAGGCAGUCGCUCUCCGCGGGGCUGAGCCGGACGCGUCUGGGUGCCCCCCCCUCCCCCCGGUUCGCCGCUGCCGCUGUGUAGUUGGCGCCGCCGGCCGGGCCGAGAGUGAGCGUGGUGUCGGCGGAGGGAGAUGGCCCGGGAGCGCCGGCGCCAGUAACGGGGAGGUGCUGAGACUCGCCGAGGGCGCGCCGGGCCCUGGUGCCGGCGCCCCGCCGCCUGCCCGCCUCUCGCGGCCGCUCUCCCCCCUCCCCGCCACACACUCACAGGCCGGGCAUUGAUGGUAAUGUAUGCGAGGAAACAGCAGAGACUCAGUGAUGGCUGUCACGACCGGAGGGGGGACUCGCAGCCUUACCAGGGGGGUGAUGUUUUACAGGCACUUAAGUAUUCAUCGAAGAGUCACCCCAGUAGUGGUGAUCACAGACAUGAAAAGAUGCGAGACACCGCAGAUCCUUCACCACCAAAUAAAAUGUUGCGGAGAUCUGAUAGUCCUGAAAACAAAUACAGUGACAGCACAGGUCACAGUAAGGCCAAAAACGUGCAUACUCACAGAGUUAGAGACAGGGAUGGUGGGACCAGUUACUCUCCACAAGAAAAUUCACACAACCACAGUGCUCUUCAUAGUUCAAAUUCACAUUCUUCUAAUCCAAGCAAUAAUCCAAGCAAAACUUCAGAUGCACCUUAUGAUUCUGCAGAUGACUGGUCUGAGCACAUCAGCUCUUCUGGAAAAAAGUACUAUUACAAUUGUCGAACAGAAGUUUCACAAUGGGAAAAACCAAAAGAGUGGCUUGAAAGAGAACAGAGACAAAAAGAAGCAAACAAGAUGGCAGUUAAUAGCUUCCCAAAAGAUAGGGAUUACAGAAGAGAGGUGAUGCAAGCAACAGCCACCAGUGGGUUUGCCGGUGGAAUGGAAGACAAGCAUUCCAGUGAUGCCAGUAGUUUGCUCCCACAGAAUAUUUUGUCUCAGACAAGCAGACACAAUGACAGAGACUACAGACUGCCAAGAGCAGAGACUCACAGUAGUUCUACGCCAGUUCAGCACCCCAUCAAACCAGUGGUUCAUCCAACUGCUACCCCAAGCACUGUUCCUUCUAGUCCAUUUACGCUACAGUCUGAUCACCAGCCAAAGAAAUCUUUUGAUGCUAAUGGAGCAUCUACUUUAUCAAAACUGCCUACAUCCACAUCUUCUGUCCCUGCACAGAAAACAGAAAGAAAAGAAUCUACAUCAGGAGACAAAUCUGUAUCACAUUCUUGCACAACUCCUUCCACGUCUUCUGCCCCUGGACUGAAUCCCACGUCUGCACCUCUAACAUCUGCUCCUACAGUCCCUGUUUCACCUGUCCCACAGUCACCAAUACCUCCCUUACUUCAGGACCCAAAUCUUCUUAGACAGUUGCUCCCUGCUUUGCAAGCCACGCUGCAGCUGAAUAAUUCUAAUGUGGAUAUAUCCAAAAUAAAUGAAGUUCUUACAGCAGCUGUGACACAAGCCUCACUGCAGUCUAUAAUUCAUAAGUUUCUGACUGCUGGACCCUCUGCUUUCAACAUAACUUCUCUGAUUUCGCAAGCUGCUCAACUUUCUACACAAGCCCAGCCAUCCAGUCAGUCUCCAAUGUCUUUAACAUCUGAUGCAUCAUCCCCAAGAUCUUAUGUGUCUCCAAGAAUAAGCACACCUCAGACCAACACAGUCCCUAUCAAACCUUUGAUUAGUACUCCCCCCGUUUCAUCACAGCCAAAGGUUAGUACUCCAGUAGUUAAGCAAGGACCAGUUUCACAAUCGGCCCCUCAGCAGCCUGUAACUGCUGACAAGCAGCAAGGCCAUGAACCUGUCUCUCCUCGAAGUCUUCAGCGCUCAAGUAGCCAGAGAAGUCCGUCACCGGGUCCAAAUCAUACUUCUAGUAGUAACGCAUCAAAUGCAACAGUCGUGCCACAGAAUUCAUCUGCCCGACCUACGUGUUCAUUAACACCUACGCUAGCAGCGCACUUCAGUGAAAAUCUCAUAAAACAUGUUCAAGGAUGGCCCGCAGAUCAUGCAGAGAAGCAGGCAUCACGAUUGCGUGAAGAAGCUCAUAACAUGGGAAGCGUUCACAUGUCAGAAAUUUGUACUGAAUUAAAAAAUUUAAGAUCUUUAGUUCGGGUAUGUGAAAUUCAAGCAACUUUGCGAGAGCAAAGGAUACUAUUUUUGAGACAACAGAUUAAGGAACUCGAAAAACUAAAAAAUCAGAAUUCCUUCAUGGUGUGAAGAUGUGAAUAAUUGCACAUGGUUUUGAGUACAGGAACUGUAAAUCUAUUGCCCAAUCUUAACAUUUUUGAGCUGCAUUUAAGUAGACUUUGGACCGUUAAGCUGGGCAAAGGAAAUGACAAGGGGAUGGGGUCUGUAAGAGUCAAUUCAGGGGAAAGCUGCAAGAUUGAUUUGUAAAACCCUUGAAGUGUAGAUUUCUUGUAGAUGUAUUCUUCACGUUGUAAAUAUGUUUUGUAGAGUGAAGCCAUGGGAAGCCAUGUGUAACAGAGCUUAGACAUCCAAAACUAAUCAGUGCUGAGGUGGCUAAAUACCUAGCCUUUUACAUGUAAACCUGUCUGCAAAAUUAGCUUUUUUUUUUUUUUUUUUUUUUUUUUUUUUUUUUUUUUUUUUUAAAUUGGGGGGGUUAAUUUAUCAUUCAGAAAUCUUGCAUUUUCAAAAAUUCAGUGCAAGCGCCAGGCGAUCCGUGUCUUAGGGAUACAAUUUUGAACCACAUGGGCGGUGUACAAAAUAUCAUGAAACAGCUGUUUCCACACUUGCACCUGAUCAAGAGCAGUGCUUCUCCAUUUAUUUUGCAAAGAAAUGUUUUUCAUUUCCCGUGUGUUCCAUUUCCCUCUGAAAUCCUCAAUCUGAUUUUAUCAAUUUUUUAAGGUUCCUCUUUUUCUCCUUUCUUAAGGCACUGUUGCUAUGGCACUUUUCUAUAACCUUUUCAUUCCUGUGUACAGUAGCUUAAAAUUGCAGUGAUUGAGCAUAACCCACUUGUUUGUAUAAAUUAUUGAAAUCCAUUUGCACCCUGUAAGAAUGGACUUAAAAGUACUGCUGGGCAUGUGUGCUGAAAGUACACUGAUUGCUCCAAUAUAAGGAAAAAGCCCAAUGAACAUGGUUGUGGGAGGGGAAAGAGGAAACAAAACUAGUCAGAUGUGAAUUGUAUCUGUUGUAAUAAACAUGUUAAAACAAACAAAAAUUGUUACUUUUCUUUUCCUUCGGUCAGUGCAUAUUAGAAUUUGAACUACCUGGGGAUUUUUUAUCAGAACUAUUCUUGUUGAAUAUUUAUACUUAAUUGAAAUAAUUCCUUAAGGAAGGUUUUGUUUAAAGGUUAUUAACAGGAAAUUGUGUAUAAGAUAUUUAAUGAAAUAUGAAAUUCAACAAGAAUGAUUAAGUCACUUCCCAAGUGGUCAUCAUUUGUUAAGCCCUGGUUUACCUGUCUUGGUAUUAUGACAUUUCAUUUUGAAGGAUGUUUGUGUUGUAGCUAACUGUUCAAGUCUGGUGCUGACUGCUGUUCUUAGCCAUCACAAAACGCGAAAUUUGUGUAAUUGGAGCUUCCUGCUGUUAUCUGGAAAUGGUGGGAAAAGCUCAGCUUUGUAUAUUGUUUCCUAAAGUAUAAUUAAAUAAAAAAAGAAACUAUUGCUACUAUUAAUUACCUUGGCUUUUUAUUUUCUUAGUAAAAUAUUAGUCACCUGGCCUUAGCAUGACACUGCCAGCAUUGAAUUAAAAUACAAGGGUUCUGUAUCCAGAAAAAUCUUUGAAUUUAAAAAUUUUUACUCUUCUGAUUUAGAGAGGUGUUUUUUUUUGUUUUGUUUUUUGUUUUCCCUUUUGGGGCAGAUAUUUUCAUGUGCUUUCAGAACUGCCAGCACCAAGGGCUUACUUUGUGAUGUUAGACAUUAAUGUAUUUCUUUAUGGGCUACUAACUUAAAUUUCAAAAUUGUUCUUAUGCUUUAAGCAUAUCUAAAUUAUGGAAGUUAGUGCUUAGACUUUUUAAUAAAUAAAAGUAGAUUUAAGCAACAGUAUGGAUGGUAUUUUGGAAAAUACAAAAUACAAAAAUGUUCCAGUGUAAUUAAGAAUUAAAAUCUUCCACUGGAAACUGAUUUUUUCCUUGACACUUAAGAAUACUCUUCAAAUGUAAGAAAAGCUUAAUGUCAUGAAUUAUAUCAUCAUGAAAUGAUGUGAGAAUGAGUGUUUGCAGAACUUGAUUAUUGCAUGUGAGUGGAACCCCGAAGAGCUAUGUUUAGAACCUUUCUUUUUGUUUGUGAUGUAGCGAGCAAAUGUUUCCUGAUUAGAUGGCAACUUGACUUGUGAUUUGAGGUAAAUCUGAAUUUGGUUUGCUAAUAGAACAUGUUGAUCUAUGUAACUUUAUUCCUUAUUAAAAAGAUGUUUAUAUCCCUAACUGAAUUACUCAUAUACCAGAGAAGAUGCUUAAUAUGAAAUUUCUUAUUGGUGAGUUUUUAAACAUGCAGAAAGUCAAAAUCUUUUGUGGAAAUACUUUUACAAUACUUGAUUUACUUAUGAUUCUGCAGUAAAUUAUUUUAAAUAUUGCACUUUAAUACAAACAUGGUGUCCUCCUGUUAACCUCGUUGAAAUAACCAGGCUAUAUCUACUACUAAAAUGGACGUAAUUUCCUAGACUGUUCUUUAUCUAGUUGCCCUGUUGCCAUGGCUUUGAACACGUCUCAUUUUGGUUGAAUCCUUGGUUCAUAUAAUUUGAAAAUACUACUACUGAACAGCUCCUAGGAAACCUCAGGGGUUUUUUUGUUUGUUUUUAAAGUUUGUUUUUAAAGAGGCAGUAGUCUGUAUUCAAACAUUGAAAACUGUGAUACUGUAGCAAAAUAAAUUUUGUGAAGAUGGGUCUGUUAGAAAGUCUUUCCUCUGAAGAACCAGCUUCCCCUACCUUUGUUUUUCUGUGUGAUUCUAGUAACUGUUAAUUUUAAAACUUGGACAACUCCCAUGUGUUGAGCUCGCUGAAAACUCAACUCUAUGCACCAUCUCUUUUUCAAGACACUCUUUUAAUAUCUCAAAUGAGUGGUUUUACUUUUCUAAAUUUUGUCUGUCUCACACAAAAUCUUAGGAAGAAAGUGUUUAAAACUUUAAAAGGAAUGAAUUGUUAACCAUUUCAAAAACAGUUUUUGUUCUGUUUAAACACAACCCUGUCUUUAAUAAGGGACUAUUUCAAAGGUGGGAAAGGGUGGUGCAAAAUACUUCACUCUCUGCCCACCAGAACUACUGUAGUUUAACACUUAAAGCUACUGUAUGUGGGGUUUGAAUCUGGAUUUCUUUUCAAUACCUGUAAAUACAGCUAUAUUCUUGUAAUCUGUACUGGAGUGUACAAAAUGACACUAAAAAGUAAUAAAUACGUUUUGACUACA